CCGAAAAACUCCUUCUAAACCCUAAUCUUCUUCCUCUCUCAGCCUCUUCCGAAAUCAAUACUUCGCAGAAGAGUAGCCAUGGUGAAGUACUCCCAAGAGGCCGACAAUCCCACCAAAUCAACCAAGGCCAGAGGCGCUGACCUUAGGGUUCAUUUCAAGAACACUAGGGAAACCGCGUUUGCGAUCAGGAAGUUGCCACUCAACAAAGCCAAAAGAUAUUUGGAAGAUGUUUUGGCCCACAAACAGGCCAUUCCUUUCCGACGCUUUUGUCGUGGUGUUGGGAGGACUGCCCAAGCCAAGAAUAGGCAUUCCAAUGGGCAAGGACGUUGGCCUGCAAAGUCUGCUAAGUUUAUUCUUGAUUUGCUCAAGAAUGCUGAGAGUAAUGCUGAAGUGAAAGGUUUGGAUGUGGAUGCUCUCUAUGUUUCUCAUAUCCAGGUUAAUCAAGCUCAAAAGCAAAGACGUCGUACUUACAGGGCUCAUGGAAGAAUCAAUCCCUACAUGUCAUCUCCAUGCCACAUUGAGCUUAUAUUAUCUGAGAAGGAAGAGGCUGUCCAGAAAGAGCCCGAGACCCAGUUGGCAUCCAACAAGAAGAAGUCUCAAGCUCUUCGAAGUGGUGCUUCGUCUUAGAUUGUUGUUGGAGCUAAUAGUUGAGGGGCCUUCAUUUCUAGAUUAUGUCAUUUUUGUUGCACUUUCUUUGUUAUGAGCUGUUUUUGAAGUAUGAACAGCAGUUUUUGAUUCAUACACUAUGGUUUAUGUUAAUUGACUUGCUUGUUAUAUUUGAUGGUGCUAAUUGCAUGAUUGAUUUGAGUUUUA